AUGCUGGCCAGUAUUGGCUCGCCUCCUGCGUGUGCGCCCGAGGCCGGUCAGUUUGUGGCGCCCACCGCACCGGAGUCUGGAGCGCCUUGGAUGAAGCUUCUGACGGAUCACGUGCUCUACUGGCGCGCCAGGAAGGCGUGGAGCCAACAGUAUUACAACGACGUGUUCCAGUUCAUAGCUAAGCGAGCUCCCGACCUCCAGCAGCCGCUGCGGAUUGUCGAGGUUGGCACAGCGUUCGGCGUGUCAGCUCUGCUCGCCCGCCUAACGCAUGGUGGUCUAGCGAACUACCUGCUGCAGCGCCUGCCACGCGCCCAGCUCUAUGCGGUCGACCCGUUCUUGUCCGGCUACGAUCCGAGCGACCGGCACGCUCACGCCAUGGCCGCCAUCGCGAGCAAGCUCGGGCUGAACAAGACGGAGCUCUCUGUGGCGUGGGCCAGUGGGAUGGCCUACGACCUGACGGCCAGGCACGGCUCGUGCAGGUACCGCCUUUUCCACAUGAGGUCGCAAGACGCGGCGCCCUUCCUCGGAGCAGCCUUCCCUAAAGCCUCCGUCGACGUCGCCUUCAUCGACGGCCUGCACACCUACGAGGGCACCAAGGCCGACGCCGAGGCGUACUGGCCUCUGGUGGCCCCGGGGGGCGUGCUAAUCUUCAACGACUAUGGCGGCCCUCGUUCGUUUGCCGGCAUGACCUUCCCCGGUGUCAGGCGAGCCGUGGAUGAGUUUGCGGCGAGCCGGGCGAAGAACGUCAGCGUCGGCGCGCCAGGCAAGCCGCCGGGCCUAAGCAACGCGUUCAUAGCCAAGACGCGACGCGAGACGGCGGCCGGCCCGAACGCCGAUUCAUACUGCGACGCAGGGCUCGGUUGCCACUUCUGAGGUCGUACGAGUGAGAGCUAUAAGGUUCGUAGUUAAUUCCUUUGAGUUACGAAGUAACUAAAUAAAUCAAAA